UUAGUAAAACAUUACACAAACUUUCUUUCUGAUUAUGGUUCGCGUCGUUCUCGCAAGUUGCGAGGCAAGUGUCUAGUAAUUUUGGAUAGCGAUCCUUUAUUAAUGGCUGCCGUAUUCCGCUAUUGAAUGUGCACUUUAAUCAAACAUGAGUGAUUAUUCUUCUAUGGCUACGCUUCCGAAUAAUAGCCAAACGGCGGGAUUUGCGGCUGCUGUACAACGUGCUAGCUUGAUUGCGGCUAAAAUUAGCGGAGGAAGUGGCAAGAGGUCUCUUGAAGACGGACCGGAACCGAUAGCAAAAAAAUUGGCGCCAGUGGAUACAGUAUUUCCUCCACCACCACCACAACAACAACAACCACCAAUGAGUUCAACAGCAGCAGUAGCGGCAGUGGCGGCGGCACGCAUGGCGGCCAACCCCCCGCCGCCCGCGCCUCCUGCGGGGCCUCCUAACAUGAUGCCAGACCAGCAGAUCAAUGAGUACAUUAGAGUACCUGACAAGAUGGUUGGACUAAUCAUAGGCCGUGGCGGUGAGCAAAUCACCCGCCUGCAAGCGGAGUCGGGCUGCAAGAUACAGAUGGCACCAGAUUCAGGCGGACAACCUGAUCGUCUCUGCACCCUUACUGGAUCUAGGGAAGCUAUCACUAGAGCUAAGGAGCUAGUGAACCAGAUAGUGAAUCACCGGGGCCGGGAGAAUGCCCCUCAGCAUCAAGACAGCCAGGGAGGAGGCCCGCCCAUGCCUCGCUCCAUCGGUGGCGGCGGCGGCGGUGGCGGAGGACUCGCUAUAACCGAGGAAAUAAUGCUUCCUGGUCCCAAAGUGGGUCUAAUUAUUGGCAAAAAUGGCAAGACCAUAAAGCAACUUCAAGAGCAGUCCGGGGCUAAAAUGGUUGUUAUUCAAGAUGGACCUAAUACUGAAUAUGAGAAACCCCUCCGUAUAUCCGGGGAUCCUACUAAAGUGGAGUUAGCUAAGCAAAUGGUGUACGAGCUGUUAGCGGACAAGGAUAUGCAGCAAGGAGGGCCGCGUCCGCCCUUCGAUGAUGGAUACUCACAGGAUCAGGGCAACGGACUGGGCAGUAAUGCUACUGAGGUGCUGGUGCCAAAGAUAGCAGUCGGAGUGGUGAUAGGCCGUGGUGGUGAUAUGAUCAAGAAGAUCCAAGCGGAGACAGGCUGCAGGGUGCAGUUCCAUCAAGAAAGAGAUGAUGGACCUGGAGACAAAAGAUGUUACCUACAAGGCAAACCGCACCAAGUUGACCAGGCCAGGCAAAUGAUUGAAGAUCUCAUCGCCAGCGUCAAUCGUCGCGAGCAGGACGUGCGCGCGAUGCGGGGCGGGGGCGGAGGCGGCGCUGGUGGAGGCGGGGGCGGCGCCGGCGGGGGCGGGGGCCGCGGGGCACGGAAUGGUGACCGCGACUACCAGUGGCAGGAUACACCAGAGAUGCGUGUAACGUUCACCAUCUCUAAUGUCAAGUGUGGACUCAUUAUUGGCAGGGGCGGUGAGGUAAUAAAGCAGAUAAACGCGCAGUCGGGCGCGCACUGCGAGCUGGACCGGCGCGCGCAGGGCGACCGCAACAACCGCACCUUCUACAUCCGCGGACACCCUGACGCGGUGGAGCACUGCAAGCGCAUCAUUAUGGAGAAAGUCGGCAUGCCAGUAACAUUCAUCCCUGAGGGUAACGGCAACGGUGGCAACGGCGGCGGGUCAGGCGGCGGCGGGCCCGGCGGCAACGGCGACAUGUACGGCGGACCCGCCUCCGGCCCGCCCGCCUGGGGGUACAACCCUAACUGGCAUCAACCAACGCAGCAGCAGCAGCCGCAGCAGCAACAAGUGACCAUAAACCCUGUGACUGGUCAGCCGGACUACUCUCAGCAGUGGAUAGACUACUACCGGUCGCUGGGGCUGGUUCGCGAGGCGGAGGCCAUCGAGCUGCAGGCCAAGCAGCAGCAGCAGCACCAGCCGCAGCCAGAUGAUUAUGUCGAUAUAGCGGCGUCCGGGCCGUCGUCGAGCCCGCCGAGCGCGGCGAGCGGCGCGGGCGGCGCGGGCGGUGCGGGCGGCGCGGGGGGCGCGGACUACAGCGCGCAGUGGGCGGAGUACUACCGCGGUAUCGGCAAGCUGAAGGAGGCAGAGGCUAUUGAAGCUCAGAUGAAACUCAAGGAACAAUACCAGCAGCAGCCGACGCCGACGUCGACGGCGGCGCCGACGCCCUCCCCCGCGGCGCACUCGCCCGCGCCCGCCCCCGCAGUGCAGUACAACGCGCACUACCCCAUGUACCCGCCCGGCGCGCCCGUCUACCCCGGCUACGCGCCCUACCCCUACUCCGGGCCCGACCACCAGCAGUAAGCCGAGAAGGAGCGAGUCCGUAAGCGCGCCCGAAGAGAACUCUCCGUACUAGAUUAUAAUUUAAGUUUCGCACAUUACCGCAAAAGCGAAAGCGAAGCGAGAUUUGAUAAUUAUUCUUAAUUUGGGUCGUUACUCUGAACAUAUAACGCGAAUCUUAUAUUAUGGUUUUAAUAUUAUUACAAGCGUUUUUAAAUUCGCUUUCCUUUCGCUUUCGUGUCUGUGUGCACAGAUCUUAAUAUAAGCGAAUCCGUUUCCACUGUCGAUCGUCGACCCGCAAUGAUUAUUUUUUUUAACACUAACUUUUGGACAUAUUUCUUGUGGGUUCAGACAGUAAUAACAUGUUAAUUUGAGAUUAUAACCGUUUUAAAUAACAAACUUGUGUUUACGAAUUUGGCAUCGGCUGUGUGGUUUAUUUGUAUUGCAUAAGUAAUUUACUGUCACCUCAUUGUACUGAUGUGUGUCAUGCCAGUCUGUCCAGGUAUAAAGUAAUGCCACACUGCCUUUAAUAAUACGACGGAGCUAUAAAGUGAGAGAGACGGAAACGGAAAGAAUGAGAUAGCGAUACUUCGCCGCUGAGGAACCGAGGUAACUGUUGAGUGAAUUAGAUAAACACUACAUUAUUGUGACUCACGGAUAUUUUCAUAUGUAAUCUCCGCUUCCGAGUUGUGAAGGACGACGGCUCUGCAUUUGGUCGGGUUUUUAAAUUAAGGGUGCGUUUUACUAACACAGAACUAGGACUUGGCAGGAAUUAAGUCGGAAACUAGUAAAUAAAAAGUAAAAUUUUCUAUGUUAAUAUUGAAAAUGUAAGUCAUAUUGUGUGUUGUAUAAAUUUAUUAUAAAAAAUACUAUAAACAUUUAAACAUCAAAUCAUGUUAGAUUUUAAUUUUCUAAUAAAGCGAAUUAUCAAUUGACUUUAUAUAACUUACGUUGGCGCUGUUUUAGUGGAAAUGCACCCUAAAUGUACGGUCGAAUGUGAAGUCGGAAUUCUCCGCAUUAAAAAUGACUUAAUUUGAAUAAUGUCUAGUUGUAAGUCUAGGGUUAGAGUUGAUAUCGGUAUUUGAACUAUCUUCCCAGCUCAUUAGGAUAAACAAAGUCGAACACAACAUUUAGAGUUACAUAAACUUAGUAUAUAUGUAUUUAAUUGAUACAAUUUAGCUUUGGAUAAAAACUUCAUUUAGUUAUCUAUAACGAAGGCAAUGUAAGUCCAAAUACAUUCCUUCUCGAAAUUAAUAAAAAAACUCGUGAGAAUUUUUUUUUGGUAAACGCGUAAGUUACGGGUUAUCCCCGAGUCAUAUUGUAUUAAUUUUAAGAUAUAAAGUGUAUGUUGAUUGAAA